CCGAAUGUAAAUUAUAAAUAUUAAUGUUAGUGAUAUUAUUAGCUAGAAAAUAUAACAAAAUGUACAGUGAAGUGUGUGUACAAAGGACUCUGAUCGCUUUCUUACUGCUUGCCGUGACCAACUCGCCGUCAGCCACGCUAAAUACAGUUAUUUCAGGUGUAGUGACAUCACCAGUAGCGGCGACUGUCACUCGAGUGCCGGCGAUAGUCGGUGGCGAAGCCGACCUGCCGUGUGACAUCAGACCGCCGAUGCAUAACGACAGCCUGCUGCUAGUCGUGUGGUACCGGGACGACAACCCUGUGUACAGUUAUGACACUCGAGUCCCCGGUCCAUCAGCCCACUGGGUCGAGGAGAACUACCUGGGCCGGACCCACUGGCACAACACGCCCACCGCUGGACUUCGCAUGCUGGAGGUCCAAGCAAGAGACCGCGCCAUCUACAGGUGCAGGGUCGACUUCCAUGUCUCCCCAACAAGGAAUUAUAAGAUCGCUCUAGACGUUAUAGAACUUCCAAGCAAACCUGCAGUCUUCGACGAGUUCGGGAAGGAAAUUUCAGGUACAGCUGGACCUUAUCACGAAGGCGGAGAGUUCAAAUUAGUUUGCUCAGUCAAAGGCGGGUUCCCGACGCCGAGAAUUCAGUGGCUUCAAGGAGACACAGUGUUGGCUACAUUAAGUGCUGGAGAAUAUUCAGCGCCUACAAGGACUUUACCAUUAGUUAUAAGGAAUGCGACGAGAGCGCAUUUAGCAGCGACGUAUACUUGUACAGCGGAUAAUACGUUGCUAGCGCCACCGCAGAAGUCAACUAUUAAAAUUGAUUUAUUCUUAAAACCGCUAUCUGUUGAGAUAAUAUCGAGAGAGCAGCCGCUGUCGGUCGGCAGAAAGUCGGAGCUUUGGUGCAAGACGACGGGCGCGAGGCCGCCCGCUAUAGUCACGUGGUGGCUGGCAGGCAAGAAGCUUGAUGCCAUGACUAAAGAGUCUGGCAUACAAGAUGCGAAUGAAACGGAAUCGUUGCUGACGUGGAUGCCUGCGAAAGAAAACAACGGGCAAGUGCUCACGUGUAGAGCUGAACAUCCGAAGUUCAAUCAUUCGAUAAUUGAGAGCAAAUUACCUCUCAAUGUUUACUAUAUGCCAGAGUCAACGAUCCACCUUGGGGCCAAGAUGAACCCGAAUGACAUUGAAGAGGGUGAUGACGUUUACUUCGGCUGUAAAGUUGAUGCCAAUCCUCCCGCUUACAAAGUUGUUUGGGAACAUAAUGGUGUCCUUCUCCAACACAAUCCGACGAACGGUGUCAUAGUGACGGGCAACACGAAUCUAGCCCUGCGAAACGUGUCUAGACUGCAAGCAGGGCAGUACACAUGCACCGCUUCAAACGUCGAAGGCGACGGCAAGUCCCCGCAUUUGCAUAUGCAAGUUGUCUACAGGCCGUUGUGCUCGAAGAAAGAGAGGAAUAUAAUAGGCGCAGCUCUCCAGGAGCCCACCACGGUUGUCUGCGAGGUCGACGCGUUCCCGCCGCCCGAUACCUUCGAGUGGACCCUCAACAACUCCGCCGGCUCCAUCAAAGUCGAUCCUGAUCGAUUCACAGUAGAAGCUAAGGAAGGCAAGUCCCUCCUGACAUACACGCCUGUUUCUGACGUGGACUACGGCACGCUAGCCUGCAAAGCUACAAACCUCGCCGGGCAGCAAGUGACGCCUUGUGUCUACACGUUGUUACCGGCUACACGGCCCGACCCCCCGACCAACUGCACUGUGUAUAACUUGACUGAUGACUCUUUAGAUCUGCUCUGUUUGCCAGGUUACGAGGGAGGCCUCCACUGCGUGUACGUGGUAGAAGUGUGGGCAGCGGAGGGUCUCGUCGUGAACGCCAGUAAUGGUGGAGCGCUCUGGAACCUGAGAAGACUUGGAGCCAGUAGACAGCUUAGAAUUAUAGUGUACGCGGCUAACGCUAGAGGAAGAUCAGAACAUGUUACUUUUACUGUAGAAACUGCUUUGAGAUUGUCGCCGAGGACUGAACCUCAAGAGGCGUGGGAAGUGAACUGGGCAGUCGGCGUGUUCCUGGGCGCGGCGCUGACAGUUGCGCUGAUCCUGUGCCUCGCCCUCAUUGCCACCAGGAUACGACAUAGGUCACGGGAUUACGAAGUGACGCUUCCAACUCUUAAGAAUCAGAAGGUGAUUGUACAGAAACGGAAUUCUCCGCAAACCGCUGAUGAUAAGAAUCCAGAUCUCAUCCCGUUAAGUAAAGGUGUAGCGGAGGCGCCGCCGGACCCGCCGCUCUACUCCGCCAUCGCACAGCCCAAGAACUCGGGCAGCGCGCACAGCUUACAACGCACCCAAACGCCGGUGACGCCUAUAUCGUCACACUCUCAUUAUACAGAUAUGCAGAAUGAUUCCGGUAGAGGCAUGAUUAAUGGGACAAUGAGAUCACAUCGAGAGAUCGUCACGACAAGAACACCAUUGUUGGCUGCCCAUCAAGAAAGCUGCGUAUAAAAUUAUUCAUUUCAUGCAUUCAUUUUCUAAUGCAACCUUGAGGCUCUACCAUAUCUUAAAGUAGAUUUCCUGCAGAUGUAAGAAAAUUUACUGUACGCUACAUCGUGUAUCAAGCUUCCAACGAGAGACAGAAAAGGUUCACUUGCUCUAAGACUUGAUAGGUCCCUGAAAGCGUAAAGAACUACUAAAACGUCUAUUGUUAAAAUUUCAAUAUCAUUUUGUAAAAAACAGUAAUGCGUUCUAGCAGUUAUAAAAUUAAGACAAUGACUGAUGAACAAUUAUUAAGUAAAAGAUUAUUAGAAAAAUAAUUAUAUGACUUGUUCUAAAGAUUAUGUUAGUUAAAUACUCUUUAAGAGAAAUGACAGAAGGCUCUAAGCUAUUCUAGAUAAUUUAAGAUGGUUAAGUAUUGUAAAUAUAUGAAUAAAAGUUGUGUUUCAUCUUUCACAUAAGGAAUUUCUUUUCGCAAUGCACUAAUAGACGAUUUAAAUGUAAUUAUUACAGUUAAAUGUAAAAAGUUAACGUCAUAAGUGUCAACGAUAUAAUAAUAUUUGAUUCAAUGUAAUAAAUUAAAUUAACCAGUCCAUUUUAUUUUCGAGGAAAUGUA